AUGGCUGAUAACCCCAACCAAUUCAAUCUGCAACAGUUGCAGCAACUACAGCAACAACAGAUGUACUAUUACAAUCAACAAUAUCAACAGCCUUUUACUCAACAAUCCUAUCAACAGCCAUACCAUGCCGGAAAUGGUGUACAGUAUGGUCAGCAGCCUCACCGUAAUAAUGAUGUUCGGCCUGGUGACUGGAACUGCUCAGAGUGUAACUCUCAUAACUUUGCUUCUAGAACUGCUUGUUUCCGAUGUAAGGCGGUCAAACCUGGAGGAGGUGCUUCUGGAUAUGGUGGAAAUGAGUCAGCCACUACCCAACCCAACUAUUAUAACAACCAGUACCAAGACCAACACGACCAGCACCGUCAUCCCCAUCAACAUCGCCAUUCCAAUAUGCAUCAACAUAAACCCUACGACCGUCAACACCCAACAAAGGGACGCAUGUUGGCUGGAGACUGGAUCUGCCAAAUGUGUCAAAAACACAACUUUGCAUCCAGACAACAAUGUUUCCAAUGUGGUGCCAAUGGCGCUGGUGCUGUCCGUCAUGUUGAUCGUCCUGGUGACUGGAAAUGCUCGUCAUGCACAUACUUGAAUUUUGCUUCACGCACUGCAUGCUACAAAUGUCAAGCUCAAAAACUUACCGAUCUAGAAUAUCCUGCUGGUAGUCCAUCUGCUGGUGCACCUGCAAAUGGUGCUGUAACUUGGGAUUCAGUUGCCACCAAUUGGACAGCUCCUCCUGGAGCUACUGGCGUUUCCUCACUGCCAGCGAUUGGCACUGGCGCUGCGCCAGCUCAUUAUGCAACCAUGUUUUCCUCCAAUAACGAUCCUGCUGGAAGCAGUGCUGCCAAUAGGCCAGAAGAGGAUGCUCCUCUGGCCGCUGCAGCAGAUGCUGCAUGGCAAGCUUUGGCACCAGUCAAAUCUGUCAGGCCAGCUACUUUUAUUCAAUCGACGACUACUUGUAUCAAUCCACCUUCAUUAUCUAGUAAUAUUUUUUCCCAACUCACUAUUCCUGCUCAAGAAAGUCAAGAUCUUGCUGAAGAUGCUGGUGAGGAUACCCAGGACCAAGAAGUCCACGAUGAAUAUGAUCCCAACGAACACGAAGCAUACGAUCCAUCUGAGCCUGCAGGUUUAUUGGCUGUAUUGGACGCGCCAAUUCCUGACUAUGAUGAAAGGGAAGAAGCAGAUGAAGAGUAUACUCCCGAAAUACCUACACAAGAUGAAGAGUAUACACCUGAAAUACCUACACAAGAUGAAGAGCCAUAUGAGCCGUGA